AUGAGCUGCAGCAUCAAGAGAACUUCCAGUACUUCCUUCAGGAGCGGUGGAGGUGGAGGUGUCUGUGGUGGUGGCAGUGGCAGGAGCUCCUCCGUCUCCUGCAGGCGCUACGCCUCCUCGGUGGUGGGUGGUGGAAGCUACGGUGGGGCAGCGUGCAGCACGGGCUAUGGAGGGGGCAUGAGCGCAGGCAGCCUUGCUGGUGGCUUUGGUGGUGGCUUUGCAGGAGGCUUUGUUGCUGGGGGGGAUGUCCUUCUGAGCGGCAAUGAGAAGGUCACCAUGCAGAACCUCAAUGACCGCCUGGCCGCGUACCUGGACAAGGUGCGACGGCUGGAGGAAGAAAAUGCUCAGCUGGAGCACCACAUCCGGGAGUGGUACAGGAAACAAGCUCCCAGCGUCUCCAAGGACUACACCUCCUACUACCAGACCAUCGAACAACUCCAGAACCAGAUCAUUUCUGCCACUGUGGACAAUAACAGACUGCUUCUGGACAUCGAUAACAGCAAGAUGACUGCUGAUGACUUCAGAAUGAAGUAUGAGAAUGAGCUGGUCAUCCGUCAGACUGUGGAGGCUGAUAUUAAUGGCUUGAGAAAUCUCCUGGAUGAGCUCACCUGCACUCGGUCUUCACUGGAAUCAGAGCUAGAGUCCCUGAAGGAUGAGCUCAUUGCUCUUAAGAGAAACCAUGAGGAGGAGAUCAGGAUGCUGCAGUCUCAAACUGGUGGCGACGUGAGUGUGGAGGUCAAUGCUGCCCCUGGAGAAGACUUGACAAAGGUACUCAAUGACCUGAGAAACGAAUACGAGCAGAUCAUUGAGAAGAACCGCAGAGAGGUGGAGCAGUGGUACGAAGUCAAGAUUGAAGAAGUCAACCGCCAGGUCACCUCCAGCAGCCAGGACAUCCAGACCAGCAGCCACCAGCUCACGGAACUGAGACGUGAAAUGCAGAAUCUGGAGAUUGAACUGCAGGCGCAGCUCAGCACGACUGUGGAGGCUGAUAUUAAUGGCUUGAGAAAUCUCCUGGAUGAGCUCACCUGCACUCGGUCUUCACUGGAAUCAGAGCUAGAGUCCCUGAAGGAUGAGCUCAUUGCUCUUAAGAGAAACCAUGAGGAGGAGAUCAGGAUGCUGCAGUCUCAAACUGGUGGCGACGUGAGUGUGGAGGUCAAUGCUGCCCCUGGAGAAGACUUGACAAAGGUACUCAAUGACCUGAGAAACGAAUACGAGCAGAUCAUUGAGAAGAACCGCAGAGAGGUGGAGCAGUGGUACGAAGUCAAGAUUGAAGAAGUCAACCGCCAGGUCACCUCCAGCAGCCAGGACAUCCAGACCAGCAGCCACCAGCUCACGGAACUGAGACGUGAAAUGCAGAAUCUGGAGAUUGAACUGCAGGCGCAGCUCAGCACGAAAACCUCUCUGGAGAACUCCUUGGCAGAAACGGAUUCCCGCUACGGCUUCCUGCUGCAACAAAUCCAAGCGCAGAUUAACUCUGUGGAGGAGGAGCUGGCCAGUAUCCGCUGCGAGAUGGAGAGUCAGAACCAGGAGUACAAGAUGCUCCUGGGCAUCAAGACCCGCCUGGAGCAGGAGAUCGCUCAGUACCGGGCCCUGCUGCAGGAGGGACAGCAGGACAUGUAUGUAUUCUGGUUUCAAAUAAGGGAAUAA